UCUCCUCAGCCAAAAUUCAGCCCGGAUGGCCUUCGAGAGUCUUCUCCUGGCUUGUUUCAGACAGUCGUCUCGCCUCUGCCUCGCACGAUUACCAACGAGAAACCGAACUACUUGCAACCGCUUUCUCGGCCUCGGGUCUUCGAUAGCAGAACAGUUCACCUGACCAAAAAAGAGCCGAUUUUAGUUCAUCCUCUCUCCUCCAGAUUAGGUCAGUCAAUGUCUCUCUGUGUCUAG